AUGCUCACAGCAAGAUACGCCGAUAUGGGCUUUAUAAAUCCGAAUCAUCUGAUAGAAAUGUGCAUUGAUGAUGAAGUGAAUAUUAUUCAUGUUAAUUCGUGUUGGCAGGCUCUGAGGAUGGUCUUAUUUAUGUUCACACGUCAUUGCGUAGUCGCACAGACAAUGCAACAGCUGAAUGAACAGUGGAUUCUUUUCAUAGACGCCGAUAUGGGCGUUAUAAAUCCGAAUCAUCUGAUAGAAAAAUGGAUUGAUGAUGAAGUGGAUAUUAUUUUUUAUGACCGAAUAUAUAAUUAUGAAAUUAUGGCUGGUAGUUAUCUAGUCAGAAAUUCGGAAUAUGGACGUAUGUUUUUGAACUACUGGGCUGAUUAUGAAAAACGUUUACCUUCAUCGUUUCAUGGUACUGAUAAUGGAGCCAUACAAGUAAAAUUUCCUGCAACUGAACCAAAUUUUAGAUUUUUGUUUGACCACUUCCGUUUGUUCCGUCAGGAGAACGUAUUCAUGGAACUGAUGGUGCCUGAAAAAAUCAAUGAAAGGAAGAGAUGCGAACGGAUCUGGAACGUUUCAAAAUCGUAUGAUGAUUUAUUUGUGUACGAAGCGUGUGCAAGAGAUGUAUUAGGUACUGUGAAUAAAUGGCCAGGCAAAGCACGAAUCCUGAAGAAAGGUACUGCUUGGGCACGUGACGCUUGGCUGACCAACUCGAGAUGGUGCGAAAACGAUUUCAUACUACACGGUUGGAAAAAAACGAAUCUGAAUGAACCGCCACCAGUCGGGUGGCUGUUACCAUUUACUUCGGAUACUCUCAACAUGUCACUUUGUGGAACCGACGAAGCCGGAUCAAACUGGAAAUAUAACGAUACACUCAUGCGUUCAGAAAAUGAAAUUAAAGAAAUGAUCGGUGCUGUUAUCGCUGAAACGAAUCAGUCAUAUCAUGUGGCAUUGGAAAGGACCAAUGACUAUUUGGUGAGUUAA